AUACUUGAGUGUCUCGGCUCACUCUUCGCUCUUUGGAGCUUCGACACUUUGUUCUCCGUUCGCUCUUCGCCGUCUUUGAUUUCCGUCAACUGGAGGCUAAGGAGAUGAGUCAUAACCCGGAAGUUCUUUGGGCCCAACGUUCUGAUAAGGUUUAUUUAACAGUCGCCCUACCUGAUGCGAAGGACAUUUCAGUGAAAUGUGAGCCUCAUGGUGCAUUUAGUUUCUCAGCUGUUGGUGCCCAAGGCAAGCGCUUUGAAUUCAGCGUGGAAUUGUACGGGAAAAUUGUGCCUGCGGGUUGUAAAACGAAUGUGGGGCUAAGGAACAUUAUAUGUUCAGUUCAGAAAGAAGAAAAGGGUUGGUGGAAAAGCUUGCUGAAAUCAGGAGUGAAACCUGCACCUUACAUUAAAGUUGAUUGGAAUAAAUGGUGUGAUGAGGACGAGGAGCCCACUUCUGAUGUUGCCUCUGACGAUGAGUCUGCGUUUGUUGAUGGUGAAGGUGAAGGUAGUGAUGACGAUGGAAUGCUCUAUCUACCUGAUCUGGAGAAGGCAAGAGGCAACUAGUUUCUGAACCCACGAACCGGCGGCUCUGCUUCUGUUCUUCUUGGGCCGGAAACCUACAGAGCCAUCACGGCCGUGUCAGUGUAAGUAAAGACUCACAAUUCUUGUUUUGGCUGCCCGUAAACCAUUCCCUUAGUUUGUUGAGUGGAUUAGCUUAUGGUCUCAGUAGCACUCUAGGAAACUGUGAUCUCUAACAAAUGGUUUGUAAUAGGGACAGACACUCAUGCUUCUCGCUACUACUAUUACUACAUCAUCUGCCUAUGCUUUGACCAUCCAUUUUAUGAAAUACAAAGCUUGUGUUAAUAUGUAA